AUGGAAACAGAUAAUAAUAAUAAUAAUAAUAAUAAUAUAAAUUUAAGUUUAAAUAAUUAUAUAAUAAAUAAUGACAGUUUUGAAAUUAAUUUAGAUUAUAUAAAUCAAAAUAAUGUAAUAAAAGAAUUGGGGGAUUGGGAAGAUGUCUAUUCAUUACCAACUAGAAUGACGUUAGACUCCUUUUGGUUCACAAUGCAAAAAUGGAGUAUGAAUCCAUCCUAUAUGAUUAGAAAUGUAAAAAAAUUCAGUUUAAUUAAUAAAUCAACAUAUAGUGCAGAGGAGAAAUUAUUAUCAAAAUUUGUAUUUGAAAAGAAUUUAUCGGGUAUUUUUUAUGAAAAUGAAAUCAAUACAAUCAAUAAACCUCAAAAUGGUCAAAAUAAUGAUGAUAGUCAAGAAGAGGAAGAUGAAAAGGAAGAAAAGAAACAUAAAAAUGAUGAAAAAAAGAAACCAAAUAAACAUGACAAUGAUGGUGAAAAUGAAGAAGAUGAAAAUAUAUUUUAUAAUAAAGAAAUCUAUACAAAAGAUAAUAACGAAAGUGAAUUAACAGAAGAGUAUUUAGAUGACAAUGUUCAAACCAUUGUUUACAGAAGACAUUUAAUACCAAGAUUGUUAAAUAGAGACCCAACGAUUGAUGAACUUAUCAUACAUCAUAAAUCAAAUAGUUGUGUUCAAUUUAUUCCCUUGCUACCAAAAGAGGAUAACAAGAAUUCAAGAUUAUUACCAUUCUUAUAUCCAAAAGUUUUAGGUUUCAAGAUUCAAUAUCAAAAAUUAGAUCAAGAAAAAGAUAAAGACCAAAGGAAAAAAUUAUCUGAAGAGCAACAAAAAGAAGAAUUUGAACAAGGUGAAGAUAAUCAAUUUAAAGCAAUUUUAAAAAUUCAAGUUAUUUAUUUUUCAAAUUUCAAACCAAAGUUUGAUAGAGUCUCAAAAUCAAUUUUAGAAAAGAUUAAUCGUUGGGGUAUAAAUUUUGAAAUAGGUUAUAAAAAGAAAGCAAAUCUUGAUCAAAUUAUUCCAAAGAAUAUAUUUUUAGCACAGUAUGAGGAAAUGAAACCAAGAUAUAGAAAUAUGGUCGAGGGUUGGGAAGAUGUCACCAAAACAGAUCCACAAAAGUUCAUAUAUGAAGAUGUAGCAAUAGCAGCAUACUUAAUUUGUAUUUGGAGAAAGGAAAAUGAAGAGCUUGGCAAAACUACUAAACAGCGUUUUAUAGAUAUAGGUUGUGGUAAUGGUUUAUUGGUAAAUAUUUUAAAUAAGGAAGGUUAUGAUGGUGUUGGUAUAGACUUAAGAUCAAGAAAAAUUUGGAGUAGAUACGAUGCAGAGGUUCAAAAGAAUUUAAUUGAAGAGGCAAUUUUCCCAAAAGAUACCUAUUAUCCAGAUUAUGAUUGGAUCAUUGGAAAUCAUUCAGACGAACUUACACCAUGGGUACCCUACAUUACAAGUAAAUUACCAAAUCAAAAAUUCUUCCUUUUGCCAUGUUGCUUUUUCAAUUUUUGUGCUAAAUUUAAAGACAACGACGUUCGUAUUGGCCGUUAUGCUUCAUAUUUAAAUUAUAUAGAGAAGGUUUCAGUCGAAUGUGGUUUCAAUGUUAUUAAGGAAACUCUUAGAAUCCCAUCAACUAAAAAUAUAGCUUUCAUUUCAGAUUUCCGUAACCCACAACUAACCGAAGAGCAAUUAGUAGAAAGACGUCAAAACUUAUUAAAGUCAUCAAACUAUAUAGAUUUUAAACCAAGAGAAAGAGAGAUCAAAUGGGUAGCUCAAAAAAGAUAUAGAGUGGAUCAAUUUAAUCCUCACUUGGAUCCAAAUAAUCCAGAAAAUCAAAAAAGAAUUGAAAGAUUAAAUAAUAAUAAUAAUAGCAAUAAUAAUGAUAAUAAUGAUAUUAACUAA